GUCCAGUUCACCACCGACGAUAACAGAACAAUCGAGCAAGACACUCAGCUAGCAAACCCACCACAGUACCACAAUGACCACCACACCAACCACCCUCCAAGCCGAACCCUGGACCUCUCUCCCCUCCCAAUACCGCAAUCCAAGCACAUCAUCCGAACACUCUCAGAACCAAAAACGGGGAAAACCCCUCGACUCCUUCCUCGAAGGUCCCAUAUAUGUCGCAGACCUCGCCCUCCUCUUCGUAACCGACAUUCCCUACGGACGCAUCUUCUCCAUCGACUCACACGGAACCUGGUCCCUGGUGAUCCAAUACGACGGCGAACCCAACGGCCUAGUAUGGAACCACAUCACACGUAAGAUCCUCAUCGCCGAUUUUAAACAAGGCAUUAUGGAGCUUGAUCCCAUUACCAAGGAGAUUACGGUGCUUGUGUCGCGCUAUCACGGGGAACGGUUCAAAGGCCCCAAUGACCUGAUUAUCUGUUCAGAUGGAAGUGUAUUCUUCACUGAUCAGGGCAUGACGGGGUUGCAGGAUCCGACGGGACGCGUGUUCAAGUUAUAUCCCGAGGGACGAUUGGAGUUGAUUGUGGGGAAUGGACCGUCGCCGAACGGGUUGGUUUUGACCCGGGAUGAGUCUGCGUUGUUUGUGGCGAUGACGAGAGAUAAUGCGAUUUGGUAUGUGCCGUUUAUGAAGGAUGGGUCGGUGCAGAGGAUUGGAAGGUUCUCGAGUUAUUAUGGGAUUGGAGGGCCAGAUGGGAUGGCGAUGGAUUCGGAGGGGAAUGUUUUUGUGGCGCAUUCGACGCUCGGGGUGGUGUUUGUUCAUAGGAGUAAUGGGGAGUUGUUUCUGAAGAUUAGGAGUCCGGUGGGGGUGAGUACGACGAAUUUGACGUGGGGUGGGGAGGAUUUGAAGGUGCUUUAUAUUGUGGAAAGUGAGAGUGGGACGGUUUUGAGGGUGGAUUGGCAUUGUUCGGGGUGGUUGGUGAAGGAGAGGAGUAUUGAGGGGACUGCUGCUUGA